CUGCGGCCGCUGCCCAGAGACUGCCGAGCCCGGUGUGUCCGCCGCCUCCUACUCCAGAUACAGAACAUCAAGUCAUGGAUAAAAAUGAGCUGGUGCAGAAGGCCAAACUGGCCGAGCAGGCUGAGCGAUAUGAUGACAUGGCAGCCUGCAUGAAGUCUGUAACUGAGCAAGGAGCUGAAUUAUCCAAUGAGGAGAGGAAUCUUCUCUCAGUUGCUUAUAAAAAUGUUGUAGGAGCUCGUAGGUCAUCUUGGAGGGUCGUUUCAAGUAUUGAGCAAAAGACGGAAGGUGCUGAGAAAAAACAGCAGAUGGCUCGAGAAUACAGAGAGAAAAUUGAGACCGAGCUCAGAGAUAUCUGCAACGACGUACUGUCUCUUUUGGAAAAGUUCUUGAUCCCCAAUGCCUCACAAGCAGAGAGCAAAGUCUUCUAUUUGAAAAUGAAAGGAGACUACUAUCGCUACUUGGCUGAGGUUGCUGCUGGUGAUGACAAGAAAGGGAUUGUGGAUCAGUCACAACAAGCAUACCAAGAAGCAUUUGAAAUCAGCAAAAAGGAAAUGCAGCCUACGCAUCCUAUCAGAUUGGGUCUAGCCCUUAACUUUUCUGUGUUCUAUUAUGAGAUUCUGAACUCCCCAGAGAAAGCCUGCUCUCUUGCAAAGACAGCUUUUGAUGAAGCCAUUGCUGAACUUGAUACAUUAAGUGAAGAGUCAUACAAAGACAGCACGCUAAUAAUGCAAUUACUGAGAGACAACUUGACAUUGUGGACAUCGGAUACCCAAGGAGAUGAAGCUGAAGCAGGAGAAGGAGGGGAAAAUUAACUGGCCUUCCAACUUUUGUCUGCCUCAUUCUAAAAUUUACACAGUAGACCAUUUGUCAUCCAUGCUGUCCCACAAAUAGUUUUUUGUUUACGAUUAUGACAGGUUUAUGUUACUUCUAUUUGAAUUUCUGUAUUUCCCAUGUGGUUUUUAUGUUUAAUAUUAGGGGAGUAGAGCCAGUUAACAUUAGAGAGUUAUCUGUUUUCAUCUUGAGGUGGCCAAUAUGGGGAAGUGGAAUUUUUAUACAAGUUAUAAAUGUUUGGCAUAGUACUUUUGGUACAUUGUGGCUUCACAAGGGCCAGUGUUAAAACUGCUUCCAUGUCUAAGCAAAGAAAACUGCCUACAUAUUGGUUUGUCCUAGUGGGGGAUAAAAGGGAUAAUUGGUUUCAGUCACAAGUGUAGUUAUUGUGGGUACUUUAAGGUUUAGAGCACUUUCAAGGCUGUGGUAGAAAAGAUACCCCACAGAUAUUACAUGUUGAACCAUGUGUAUCUGUGGAAUACACAGUCUCAAUGUGCAUACCUUUGACUACAGCUGCAGAAAUGUUCCUUUAGACAAAGUUGUGACCCAAUUUACUCUGAAGAAGGGCAGAAACGGUUCACAUUCCAUUAUUUGUAAAGUUACCUGCUGUUUGCUUUCAUUAUUUUUGCUACACUCAUUUUAUUUGUAUUUAAUUGUUUUAGGCAACCUAAGAACAAAUGUACAAGUAACGAUGCAGUAAAAAUGAGUUGCUUGAUAUCCAUUACUGUGUGUAUAUCAAGCACAGCAGUAAAACAAAAAACCCAUGUAUUUAACUUUUUUUUAGGUUUUUUGCUUUUGUGAUUUUUUUUUUUUUUUUUUGAUACUUGCCUAACAUGCAUGUGCUGUAAAAAUAGUUAACAGGGAAAUAACUUGAUGAUGGCUAGCUUUGUUUAAUGUCUUAUGAAAUUUUCUUGAACAAUCCAAGCAUAAUUGUUAAGAACACGUGUAUUAAGUUGAUGUAAGUGGAAUAAAAGUUUUAUGAAUGGAUUUUUCAACUA